AUGGCUUCCUCUGCUGCUGGUAGUAAUGCUUUCUCCUAUGAUGUGUUUCUAAGCUUUAGAGGCGAAGACACUCGGCAUUCUUUUACCGAUCAUCUAUACAAUAGAUUACAAUCAGCAGGGAUUCGUACUUUUAGGGAUGAUAACGAUAUCAACAGAGGCAAAGAACUGAAACCUGAAAUUGAGGCAGCAAUCAAAUUAUCCAGGGCAGAUGUUAGGAAUCAAAAAGGAAGUUUCGCCAUAGAAGUCAAACGUUCAUACAGGUGGACAGAUGAGAACGUAAACAAGUGGAAGACAGCUCUUAAGCAGGUUGCUGAUUUGGCAGGCUUGGAGCUCUCUGGCAACCCUGAAACAAGCUUUAUGGAGGAAAUUGUUGAUACAAUUUACAAUAAUUUAGAGCAAAAAGAAGUUCAUCUUCCACUGAAUAUAAUAGGGAUGACCACUCGUUAUAAGGAGAUUAAUUCCUGGUUACAUGGUUCUAAUCUUCAGUUUUUAUUAAUUUACGGUAUUGGUGGAAGUGGCAAGACAACACUGGCCAAAUACAUAUACAAUUCAAAUUGGAAAAGUUUUGAAUAUGUGAGUUUUGUUGAAGACAUUGGUAGAAGAUGUAAAGGACCCAAUGAUUUAAUUCAACUACAGAGCCAACUCCUUAAAGUUGUUUUAGGGGGUAAAAAGAGAAAAAUACCUGGUGUUUCUCGUGGUACGUGUAUGAUUGAAGAAGCCUUGGAAACGAAAAGGACUCUCAUUGUUCUUGAUGACAUUGCUGAACGUAGCCAGUUAGUUGCUUUACUAGGAACCUCGAAGAUUAAUGCCCAAAGCAAGAUUAUAAUCACAACCAGGGAAGUAUAUGCCGAUAAAUGGUUUGACUUUCCAUAUUGGAGGUGUUGGAAGUAUAAAAUGAGAUUAUUAAAUGAUGAUGAAUCGUCUAAGCUUUUAAGUCGUCAUGCAUUUGGAUCCAGAAUUCCUAUGCCGGGAUUUAAGGGGCUUGUCGAAAAGGCAAUACAAUAUUGUGAAGGAAAUCCACUAGCUCUAGAAGUGUUGGGCUCCUGUUUCUCCCAGAACAAUACCAUCCAAUAUUGGGAAAGCCAAUUGAAAUUAUUGAAAAACGAUAUGCAUUCUGGAAUUCAAGGUGUACUCCAAAGAAGCUACACAUCUUUGCCAUAUAACUCCGACAAAGAGUUAUUUUUGCAUAUUGCUUGUUUCUUUGUUGGCAAAGACAUAGAUUAUGUGGUAAAGAUAUUGGAGCCUGAUUACUUAGCAACAUCUGGGAUCAAAACCCUUAUUAGCAGAUGUCUUAUUUAUGUUUCAUCUAACAAAGUUCUCCUGAUGCAUAGAUUGGUUCAAGAGAUGGGGAAAAACAUAGUCCGUCAAGAAUCCACAAAGUGCCCUGAAGAGCGUAGUAGAGUUUGGCUUAGUAGUGACUCUUAUAUGAUAUUGAGCAAAGCAGAGGGUUCGAAAAAUGUUGAAGGUUUAGCACUUGAUAUGCGUAUGUUGAUGAAAAAGAAGUUUCCAUUCAAGGUUCUUUGGUCAUUGAAGAUUCUAAAUCUUAAAGACUCACACAACUUAUCUGUAAUCCGCAACACAUUCAAUAUCCCUCGUCUUGAGACAUUAAUUGUUUGGAACUGUUACAGUUUGGUUAAUGUUUGUGAACACCUUGGAGACCUUUCACAUCUUCAAUUAUUAAACAUGACAGGAUGUAAAAAGCUAUUCACGCGUAUAAGUGUGUUAGCAGCAGCCUCUACUUCCGCAGGAGUUUCAAAACAGCCUACUUUUUCCUUCCCACAUUCGUUAGAUCAGUUAUUCCUCAAAGAUUGCGAACUUGAAUGGGAAACUUAUUUGGGACACAUGAAGUGGCUAGAAGAAUAUCAAUACCAUGAGGUAUGCCUUGUUGGUGAUGAUGAGCUCACAAUAGGCAGAAGUAGGCUUAUCCAGAUGUUGUACGAAUUUGAUAUUACGAGCACGUCACUACCAGAUAUAAAGGAUCCAAACAUGACACCUGAGUAUAUAUCAAAAUCAACUUCGUUAUCCUUUGAUAUACCUUCGUGUCCCAUAAAUAAGAGGCUGAAAGGAAUCAAUGUAACUUUUAAGUAUGCAUUAUCAGGUGAAUAUUGGGCAUGGUUUUGUAAAAUCAAUACGACCAAUGGAGUUGAUUUGAUGUACAACCCUAAAGUCUUUGGAAAACCUGAAUCUGGUGAAUUAUGCAUAUGGUUAAGCUAUUGGCCAAUUGGAAACGCUUUGAACAAUGGAGAUACAGUUAAUGUCUCUAUUGUUGGGCUGAGUGGAUUGGAGGUACAUGAAUGUGGUGUGAGCCUUGUGUACUCUGAUCAGGAAACUUUGGAAAAUAACAUGGAAUGGGAAGAAGUUCUGGGAAAAUAUUUGUAUGAAUUUGAACUAAGCACAGGAGCUUACUAUCUUUGUCGGCGUGAUUUCUUUGAGCAAAUGGAGGUUGGUAGAUUAACUCCAGAUUGGUUUAGGAAUUUAGUUGGUGAUACUAUUAACUCCACUGAGGUAAGAGGAUGGAGAAAGACAGGUCGACCCAAACAGGUGAAUCAUCCGUCAUUUACAGAGUUAAAAACCGUUCGAUGUAUCAUCCGUGGUCCUCAAUUAGAGGACAUUUACAACAUCGCAGAGAUGUCGAAGUCAUCCUUGGGGUAUAAAACUGUGGCGUCGACGUCAAGCUUGCUUGAGGGCGGCAUGAAAUCAGGAACUAAAUCUGAUCCUUACUUACAUGUAAGUUUGAUAUUUUUCAACAAAAAGGCCUCAGGCUACACGGUAUAG